AUGGGGGCAAUUGGAGAAGAAGAGUUGAUGAAGUGGGAAAAUAUGCAAGGUCUGGCGCGUGGUCAUGAGGAGAAGAUCCUAGUAUUGGUGAGGUUAAGGCCUUUGAGUGAAAAGGAGAGUGCGAGGAAUGAAGUUGCAGACUGGGAAUGCAUCAACGAAACCACCAUUUUGUACCGGAAUAGUCUCCAAGAGCGAUCUGGGCUUCCAACAGCGUAUACAUUUGAUGGAGUAUUUGGGGGUGACUGCUCAACGAAGCAUGUAUAUGAGGAAGGAACAAAGGAGAUUGCUCUUUCAGUUGUCAGUGGUAUCAACUCAACUAUUUUUGCAUAUGGGCAAACAAGCAGUGGAAAGACAUACACCAUGAAUGGGAUAACAGAGUAUACAGUGGCAGAUAUAUAUGACUACAUACAAAGGCAUGAAGAAAGAGCAUUUGUUUUGAAGUUUUCGGCAAUUGAGAUCUACAAUGAAGUUGUGAGAGACCUCCUCGGCAGAGAUGAUACUCAACUCAGGCUUCUAGAUGAUCCGGAAAAAGGGACUAUAGUAGAGAAACUCGCAGAGGAAACUCUGAGGGAUUGGAGUCAUCUCAGGGAGCUCUUGUCAAUCUGUGAAGCUCAAAGACAAAUAGGGGAGACCUCUCUGAAUGAAACAAGCUCUAGAUCUCAUCAAAUUCUUAGAUUGACAAUUGAAAGUUCUGCUCGUGAGUUUUUAGGGAAGGACAAGUCAACAACCCUUUCAGCUAGUGUGAAUUUUGUUGAUCUGGCUGGGAGUGAGCGGGCAUCGCAGGCACUAUCAGUUGGGCAAAGAUUGAAAGAAGGCUGCCACAUCAACCGUAGUUUAUUGACUUUGGGAACUGUUAUUCGCAAACUAAGCAAGGGAAGACAUGGACAUGUUAACUACAGAGAUUCUAAGCUAACUCGUAUACUGCAACCCUCCUUGGGAGGCAAUGCUAGAACUGCCAUAAUUUGCACCUUGAGCCCGGCACGAAGCCAUGUUGAGCAAUCUAGAAAUACGCUAUUGUUUGCUACUUGUGCGAAGGAAGUGACAACGAAUGCACAAGUCAAUAUAGUGAUGUCUGAUAAGGCAUUGGUGAAGCAUUUACAAAAAGAGGUGGCUAGAUUGGAAACUGAGUUAAGAACUCCAGGCCCUGCUUGUGAUUAUGCAGCAUUGCUGAGAAAGAAAGAUCUGCAGAUCGAGAAGUUGGAGAAAGAGCUGAGAGAGCUAACUAAGCAACGGGAUCUUGCCCAAUCUCGGGUUGAGGAUUUACUACGAGGGGUUAGAAAUGAUCAUUCUUCAGGACAAUGGGAUGAGCUUAGUCAUAAUGCUAAAUUUCAAGAAAAGAACACAUGGGAAGAUGAGAGUUCAGUAUCAGAGGCAUCUUGUGGAACUGAUCGUCAUUGUUUGGACGUUGCUGUCAAGAAGAAAAAGUUCAAUGACGCAACUCAGUCUUCUAACAAAAACAACAGAAGGCUUUCAGAAGAUGAGGGAGACCAUUCUCUGUUCGGUGGAACUUCUUCAUCACUAUCGGAUAGUAGAAAUUUUGGUAGAUCUGAUAGAUGUCGGGGUAAGGAGGAGUUUGUACUAGAAACUGGAGAAAGUUCUGAUGACAUCUGCAAGGAAGUUCGAUGUAUUGAGCAUGAAGAAAGAGCAUUUGUUUUGAAGUUUUCGGCAAUUGAGAUCUACAAUGAAGUUGUGAGAGACCUCCUCGGCAGAGAUGAUACUCAACUCAGGCUUCUAGAUGAUCCGGAAAAAGGGACUAUAGUAGAGAAACUCGCAGAGGAAACUCUGAGGGAUUGGAGUCAUCUCAGGGAGCUCUUGUCAAUCUGUGAAGCUCAAAGACAAAUAGGGGAGACCUCUCUGAAUGAAACAAGCUCUAGAUCUCAUCAAAUUCUUAGAUUGACAAUUGAAAGUUCUGCUCGUGAGUUUUUAGGGAAGGACAAGUCAACAACCCUUUCAGCUAGUGUGAAUUUUGUUGAUCUGGCUGGGAGUGAGCGGGCAUCGCAGGCACUAUCAGUUGGGCAAAGAUUGAAAGAAGGCUGCCACAUCAACCGUAGUUUAUUGACUUUGGGAACUAAUUUUGUUGAUCUGGCUGGGAGUGAGCGGGCAUCGCAGGCACUAUCAGUUGGGCAAAGAUUGAAAGAAGGCUGCCACAUCAACCGUAGUUUAUUGACUUUGGGAACUGUUAUUCGCAAACUAAGGUUGACUCGUUAUUCCUUUCUUUACUCUCUGAAACUUCAAUUGGCAGCUUGA